AUGGGCCCAUCACUACACCGGAUUCGAGAAGUUAUACGAAAUUUCAUCGACCGGGAGAAAAACACAGACUCCCACUUGCUGCAACUAAGCAAAGAUUUAUCUGAAAAUCCUCCGGUUCGAAGCAUCGCUGUGUUGAAAUUAGACGAAAAGGAGAUAAUACAAAUCUUUGGGCUAAAGAUAUCGGCCAACAAGAAGCAUUUUACAGAAAUCCCACCCCUCCACCUCCCUGCUGGCCUAGGCGAGCAAUUAUCGCUUGUUGAUGAGACACUCAAUUUGAGUAAAUCCAACGAAGCGAAUAUCAGAUGGAAGCUAAAUCUACUCCUCAUUGUUAAUACCGAACACCAAUGGUCCCAAGAAGGCUUGAUGAUACACGGAAAGGAAGUCAGACUCACCGGCCGGCCAGAUUAUGCAAUCUGGUAUGGCGAAGAAGAUGAACUUGCUGUGAACGUGAUCUUAAUGGAGGCCAAGACAACGAACCUAGGCUUCGCCGAUAUCGCACAGACUUUGGGGUACAUGUCAAUGGUACAUCGGGGGGGGGGGGGGGGGGGGGGAGAAAGGACGGGGAAGAAAGACUGUGAGGUCUACGGCAUUGCUUGUGAUGAUACCUGGUUUGCCUUUAUGAAAAUCAACAAUACAUCCAAGUACUGA